AUGGUGACGAACACGGGUAGAGCAACACUACCGGAGUUCAGUGGACUGCCGCAGGAGAACCCGGGCGAGUUUCUACGGCAAUGCGAGGUGCGCCUAGCGAGGGCGGGAAUACCACCUGAUGAAUGGGCAGAACGUGCGAGUGAGCAGCUGCGGGGCGUGGCACGUCACUGGUGGAGCCUCUGGGGCCAGUUCGGAAUGCUGUGGCCGGAGUUCACCACCAAGUUCAUGCAGCGUUUUGACACAGGAGAGGCGGUGGUACAGUGUACCUCCCAAUUUUACGGGAGACAACAGCGAGACGGGGAACCAGUGGAGCAGUUUGUCGCCCACAAACUGCAGCUGUUUCGGCGGAUCAUGCCGAACACAGAACCAACGGCAGCGCUGCCGACUGUCACCACCCUGCUGCGUGAUGAGCUUCAGCCCUUCCUCCGCUGCUACCGACACACCUCGGUAGAAGACUAUGUGCAACAGGCAGUGGCCACUGAAAGAAACCUCCAGAUGACGUGGCACCGAAACCCAUCAAUGACAGAACGGGGGUACCACAGGCUAGGCGUUACCGGGCGCACCAGUGACCAACCACCAAGCCAGGCCGAGUGA